AUGGCCAAUCCAAACGGGCUCAUUUCUCACGGUUCUUCUUCCAAAGUUUUCAAGUAUGACGUCUUUUUGAGUUUUAGAGGUGAAGAUACACGUAGAACCUUUGUGAGUCAUCUCUAUAAUGCUCUAAAACAGAGAGGAAUCCACGCUUUCAAAGAUGAUGAGCGGUUGGAAACGGGAAAAACAAUUUCUGGUGAACUUUUAAAAGCCAUAGAAGAGGCCAAAUUCGCUGUCGUGAUAUUUUCAAAAAGCUAUGCAUCCUCAAGAUGGUGCUUAGAGGAGCUUGCACACAUCAUAAAGUGCAAAAAUGAAUUGGAGCAGAUUGUGAUUCCAGUCUUCUAUGAUGUGAGUCCAUCAGAGGUGCGCCAUCAAUACCCCCCUUUCGCUGAGUCAUUUUCCCAACACGAGGAAAAUUGCAAAGAUGAUAUGGAAAAGGUUCAAAGAUGGAGGGAUGCAUUUGCAGAGGCAGGGAAAAUAUCAAGGCAUCAUUUACAAAAUUUCAAGUAAGCGCUCUUUUUUUUUUUUUUUUUUUUUUUUUUCUUUUUUCGAGUUUCUCGUUAUCAAGAGGAAAAAGGACCAAAUUUUUAGCUACAACUCCACACAUUUACUCCCUCUAUCCCAAAAAGAAUGAUACAUUUCUAUAUUUAUAAAUAAUUUAACUUAAAGCUUCCCAUUUUACCCUUAAUGAAAUGAUUUACAGCCACAAAAAUAUCUAUGAUUUGCUUUAGACCACAAGUUUCAAAAGUUUUCCUUUCCUUCUUAAACUCCGUGUCUAGCAAACUAUAUCACAUAAUAUGGGACGGAUGGAGUAUCAUCUAUACUUUUACCGAACCACGGAAACAGAGACGUAUAUGGUCGUCAGUUUACUUAUAAUUGUGAUUUACAUUAAUGGACAGACCUUGAGUGUGUGCUUGUUUGAUGGUGUAAUUAGAUUUAAAAAUGUAAUGGUUUUAUAAUUCAUACUAGUUGAUUUU